GACAGCAAGAGCGCGCGAAACGCAUACAACAGACUAAAAAAUAUUAUAUUACGGGAUUAAAAAAAAAAACAAAUUGCGUUCACAUUACGUAGACAUUUUUAUCAUCAAAUCUCAAGUGUCUUUGCGAUAAGAACGGGCGCAGUGUACAUUUUAGUCGUGUUUAGUACAUUGAAUUCCAGUGCGCGGUGUGUGUGAUUUAAUGAGCCAUUAGUGUAACUGGUCAGUUCUAAUAUUGGUUUAUGUGAUAUUUCAUUAGUGGAAUACAAUUGAACGAUUUACUGCUUUAAUUUAAAAAGAUCGAGGAGGUUAUGCAGCAGAAGGUGCCAAAGGUGCCUAGUAACAUCAAAGUCCAGCAACCGCAAAGUUCUUCAUUCAUCCGUAAAGGCAUAGCGGCAAAUUUUUUUAAGACAACCUUCAGCUCUCGAAGCAAGGCGGUUCCAACCGCCACUUCCUUCUCGGUUCAAGAAACAAACAAAAUAGGUAGUGCAGAGACUAAGCCUGUUACAAGAAAUAGACCAAGAACCGUACCUCAAACUGAAACGAAGAUCAGAAGACGGAAUAGUGAAAGAAAUCUAAGCCUUCGAAUUGAAAAAACCUUGGAAUCUCCCAGACCUUUGAGCAAUACGCCUACUACACCAGACUAUGGGGGUAGUAGAACGGUUAAAAACGACCUCAGCUCCAAUGUUUUGAAGAUAUUAAAAAAAGCACCCGCUCCGCCAAAACCGGCGCCAAAAACUCCAGAUUCCUUGCUGCCGCCAUCUUUGAAGCCGAAAGUUCCAGAGAAAGUUAAAUUAAAACGGGAAAAAUAUGUAAACAAUAAUACUGUUUGGACAAACGCGAAUGUAAAGAGCGAGAAAAAAAUACCAUUAAUUAAUAUUCGAGGACCAAGUCAGGGAAAGCAGGAGGCGACCUUGAAAGGCGCUCCGUCGGUGUCCAGCCUCGACUCGAAGCACCACAAAGUAGCCCCGGCUAGAGAAAAAACACAUAAGAUAUUCGGAUCCAAAGAGAAAUUACACAAAGCGCAUAAAAAGAAGGAUUUAGGGAAUAACAAUGCUGUAUUAGAGGAUCCUGAAUUGAGGGAGGGGUUAGAGUUCGAAGAUGGGCAGGAUAGGGAUCAUGAUUACGGCAGCGCGGAGGAGCUGGGGGUGGGUUCCGUAGAUGAACGGGGCUCCCAAGAGUGUAUCAGCCUGCCGGUGACGUUGAACGCCGACCACAUGCCGGGCUUCCAAGAGGUCGAGCUCAGGCCGAGAGUACCAUCUGAGGUAUCACUCACAUCAGGAGUUCGUGAAUUAGAAUCGCUAAGGAGGGAGUUGGAAGCGAGUGCGAUGGAGCGGGCUCAACUACAAGCUCGCGUGGACGAGCUGCUGGAGCGAGCCAAUGAAGCGGAUAGAUUGCGGGCUGAACUUGAACGACUCAAGAACCACGAGUCGGAACGCGAAGCGGCGCUCGAGCGCCUUGCGGACGAGAACGGCGCGUUGCGGGCGCGGCUGCGCGGCGUGGCGCACUCGCCGCUGUCAGACAGCGAGAAGCGCCAGCUGCUGCUCGCGCCGGCGCCGCGCCGCAUGCACUCCUCCGCGCCCGCCUCCAUCGCGCUUGCGCACAAUGGCGAAGGAGACAGCGGCGAAGCGAGCACUCCGGAAUGGGACAAGCACUCGUCGUCUUCCCUCAGCGAAGUCUCCGUCGCUUGUCUGCAGGAUCGCAUCCUGCAAAUGGAAGAACACCAUUACAGUACGAGUGAAGAGCUCCAAGCGACCCUGGCCGAACUUGCCGAUUUACAAUCUCAGUUGGCCGACGCACACGCCGAUAAUGAAAGGUUAGCCGACGAGAAGCAAGUUUUAUUGGAAUCUCUGUGUCGGCAAACUGAAAAAUUAGAAGAUAGUCGAACGAAGGUCGAUACGCUCCAAGAACUGUUGAUGAGAGAAGGCGUGGAGCCCGAAACAGUUGUGUCCGGCGAUGUCGACCAACAGCUGUUCGCUGUUUUAAAGGUGUCUCAAGAAGAGCGAAGACUUCUACUGAGCAAACAGGAACAGCUCGAAGCUGAUUUGAAUCAAACGAAAACGACGCUAGAAGAGAAAACCAAAGAAAAUGAAUCGUUGACUGAAAGAAUUCGAUCGCUCGAGCUGACCGCGGAGCGCGCGGAGGCCGAGCGCUGCCAGUGGGAGCAGGAGGCGGGCGCGGCGCGGGAGGCGGCCGUCGCGCGGCAGCAGCAGAUCACCACGCUCGGGGACCUGCUGGCGGCGGCGCAGGCGCAGCUGGCGGGCGCGGCGGAGGGCGCGGCGGCGGCGGAGGCGGCGGCCACGGCGGCGGCGCGGCGCGAGGCCGACGCGCGCGCGCACGCGCUGGCCGAGCGCCUCGCGCACGCGCAGCGCCAGCUCGACCGCGCGCACUCCGACGCGCGCAAGCUGCACGACGACGCGCUCGUAUCGAGAAAUACCGCAAAAUCUACAAUAUCGGAGUUGGAGUUUCAGCUCGAACAGUUGCGUCAAGAGAAGUCGGCUCUUCAGGGAGAACUGCAGACCUUGCAGGAGAAUUCUUCCGAGUUGCAGAUACAAGUGCAGGUGGCGACGGACGAAAAACUGGCGCUCAUGAGUCGCGCGGGAGAAGCGCUCGCACGGGCGGCCGACCUGGAGCGGCAGCUGCAGGACUCGCGCGCGCGACUCGCGCAGGUCACGCGCGACCGGGAGCGAGACGAGGCAGAAUGGAAACAAUUCCAGAGCGACUUGUUGAUGACCGUUCGCGUCGCAAAUGACUUUAAGACCGAAGCCCAAAGGGAACUAGAGAGACUUGUCUCAGAGAACAAGAUCGCGAGAGAUCGCAUCCGACUGCUCGAAGAUCAAAUGCACUCUCUUAAAGGUGUUGUGAGUCAAGAAUCUAUGGAUAGUACACAAAAUUAUUCUGACGGAAGGAGCUUGUCAAAAGAUUCUGAAAGCUUCGAUUCAAACAGUGAAUGUUCUUCGAUAGACGUUUUUAAAAAUAUAAGAUCGCGGUACUUAUCAAGAGUUCACAGCGUGAACGAACUGCCUAAGGUUGAAAGUUUGGUAGAUCAGGCUUUCUUUAAAAAUAUAUCUCAAAGUGAUUCAGAGGAAUGUGCUUCUAACGAGCUUAAACUUGAAAUAGAUAACGUGACGACAGAUGAAACUAAUGACGAUGACAGCUACAAAUCGAGUUUCGACAACAGAGAUGAUUACCAGAGUCAAGUGUUGGCAGAGGCAGUUCUAACUCCCAUUGCAACUAAAGGACUGAAGCGACAAGAUGCACUCGACGUUUUCGCAAAGAAAAUAAAUCGCCAGGACGCUUUAAACAACUUCGCCGAUCCAAUCAAUGACAACGAUAACUAUAAUUCUAGGUCUGAAUCAGAUAAUAUUAAAAGAAUAGGACAAAAUACUAUUUUCAACAAGAAUCUCUCAAAUUUAUUUAAUGGUAAACAAAAGUCUUACAGUACGGACAAUCUUAAUACGAAUUCAGAGUUUAAAAAUGCUCUCACAGAGGCAACUAGCAUAGAAUUUUUCGAUAACACUUACAGUCUUAGUAAAUCGUCUUUGUUAAGCGAUGGAUCAGACAGCGUUUUCUUUUCUCCGUUAGAGACGAAUAAUAAUGUUAUUCAUGUAAAUAAUAAUAAUAAAUAUAUUAAAAAUAUAAACAAAACAGACAGUGCGAAAGACAUUUCUUCCGAAACUAUCGAAGGAAAAGUAUUGAAUUUACCUGUGGUGAAAGCCGAAUCUAUUCUUCCAUUUCCUUAUCCAGAGGACAUAAGUUGUAAAAGAAAAUCUGACGCCGCUUAUGAUAUAUAUCGUCAGCCGUCAGAAAGAGGUACAGACUUAAAUAAAACAAUUGAAAACGAUUUUAAAAAAGCAAAUGAAGAAUUAAAAGUUAACUUUAAGGCAGCCUUGGAUAGAAUAAGCGGCAAUGAUAAUCUUACAACGUCAAAUUUUUUGUGUUUGUCUGAUACAACUCCAGAUUCAAAUAUACUAGAAAUAGAUAAUAACUUAGAUAUUGUAGAUAAUUUUGUGCCAGUAAAACGUCUAUCUACUUUUAAAGGCGAAGAAAAUAUUGUUCAACAAAACGAUUCAAUCAACAAUGUAAAGGAAAAGUAUGUCAUCGAUUUCUUUGAAGAUAAUGUAACUGAAGAAUUUCAGAGUAAUGAAUCUUCACAAGUAAAAAAUAAUGAUAAAGUUCCACAAUCUGUCUCUAGUUUAAAAAGUGAGAAGCUUUGUAAUGAUAAUAUUACACCAGAAGAAGGAGAGACAAAUCUUAGAAGUACGAAAAGUGUAGAUUCUAUUGAGCGAAAUAACUUGAAUGAUCCGAAAACAAUACAAGCACCACUCGAUGAUAACGUCAGUUAUCAUUUAAAAAUAAAUACUGUCACUGAUUUCGACCCUCCAGACGUAUCUUAUGCUGUCGAGACACGCGAUAAUAAACCGAAUUACGUUGACAAUAAGGUUAAAACUCUCCUAACUCCAAUAAAGCUAGUAAAUUCCAAUGUAGAUCGUUCACCGACGCCGAUAAUACUUAGUCCUGUUUUAAUUCAGCCAAUAUUUUUCCAACCUAACAAUGCACUUUUAGAAUUUAAUUUAACGAAUGAUACCAAAAAAGGAACAGUUUAUUAUGACGAUAUCGAUCAAGUGAUUAACAAAGAAAAUUCUACAAAGGAUUCUGAGAGUAAGCGGAGAGGGAUUUAUCAGAAAAAUACUAAAACAAAACCACUACCGUUUCUUACUUUGAAGAAAUUUGGAUCGAAUGAAAAUGUGAUGGAAUCAAAGUCGUCUUCACCGAACAAAAGUCCUACGAAAACAGUAGUCAGAUUAUCUAAAACACCAGAAUGGCUAAUGGAUAACCAGUACUAUCAACCCCUGCAGAAUGUACCUUUCCUUAUAAACACAGCUCAGACAUUUGUCAAAGACACAUUACCAAAACCAGAGCUUCCGCCAAAACGAAUUAAUUCCAACCCAUUUACACCCUUUGAACGGUCAAAGCAAAUACAGGAACAAGAAAAUUAUUACGAAGAAAUCGGAGAGCCCAUAGCAUUAGCUCAAACGAUUAACGUCGCAGACGACGAGAAGAUAUCAAACAAAACGUCGACAGCUGAAGAUUUUAAAAACGUAACUCGGGAGGAACUUCUUAAAGUACCGAGAAGACCAAAAAGGUCGAAGAAUCAUGAAACGACAGUACCAAGUAAAUCUAAAUGUGAUGAAAGUGCAGAAAAAGGAAUGGAUACUAUGACCAAAUCCGUAAUAUCCUUGUCGCGAACACCGAGUGCAAACGAGAAUGCUAAAAAAUCGGGAUCUGUUUCGGAUAUCGUUCAAAAUUUGGCUAAAAAUCAGGUCGAACCCGUGCCUCAAGUACCGUUGAGAAAGCUUUCCCUCCAGUCACAGAAAUCACCUAAUACAGAUAUUGAUACGGGUUCGCUUCCCCGCUUACGAAAAACUUACCACUGGAAGACGUUGGAACACAAACGACUUUCACAUCCUAUAAGGUCAUUAAACGACACCUCGCCUUCAAGACCUCUACCUAUACCCCCUCGAACAGAAGAGACGCCGCCUCCUCCUCCGUUGCUGUCCAGCGCUUCCCUCCAAGAUAUCAUGGCGACCGCCGCAUCGCAUAGACGGACUAAAGGUGUAAGUAGACAAGAUUCGCGUCUCUCGGUGAAGUCCCUCAUAGAGAGUAUAGAAAAUGCAGCGAAGGCGGCCAAACAGUCGCCAGCCACCACGCCGGUUACCGAGUGGCCACAGGUCCAAACAACAGUAACAAACACAUCGACGAACAUUAAGAACGGUAUGUCGGAGCCGCCGCCCGCCACCAACGGCACCGCCAACUACUCCGCCAAGCCCCCCGCGCCCCGCAACAACCGACCCUCCCCCAUCACCACAGAGACUGCGGCCAGCGGCGCCAACAUGACCAACAUGGCCAAUAUGAGCAGCAUGGCCAACAUCGCCAACAUGCCGGACGAGCAGCGCGCCCUGGCCACGCUCCAGCAGAAGGCCAUGGAGUCGUUCGUGAGGAGAAACAGCUACGGAGAUAUAUGCGAGAGGAAGGAUCCGCUGAACGCGCUUCAAGUGAAGAACGGCGGCUCGAAGCGCAACGCGCUGCUCAAGUGGUGCCAGCAGAAGACGACGGGCUACAACAACAUCGAUAUCACGAAUUUUAGCUCGUCGUGGAACGACGGGCUGGCGGUGUGCGCGCUGCUGCACUCGUACCUGGGCGAGGCGCGCGUGCCGUACGCGUCGCUGUCGCCGCACGACAAGCGCACCAACUUCUCCGUCGCCUUCGCCGCCGCCGAGUCCGUCGGCAUCCCCACCACGCUCAAUAUUCAAGAUAUGAUACAACAGGAGAGACCGGACUGGCAGCAGGUGAUGGCGUACGUGACGAGCAUUUACAAACAUUUCGAAACGUAGACUGUAUUUAUACCUCUAUAAGGACUAAAUUCGAUUGAUCAUAGGAAUCAUUAAUCGUUAUUGGCACAAACCGCUCUUAGACGUCUCUAAUGACGUAUACUAUAUUCCUAUGGCAGAGGUAGUAAAUAUAUUAAAGCCUUAUAUUUAUAUAUCCCAAACGAUUUUCUUAUAGUUCAGCUAUAUUAAUCAUUACAACACUAUUCCACUUCAAUUUUACUUCAAAAGUUCCAAUAGCAACUUUGUCAACGAUCAAAACUGUUUAUUACAGCUAUUUUUCCGAAUGCAUAACAAAUAUCAAAGACAAUUUAGAUCAAUAAUAUUUCAAGGUCAAAAUUGUUUAUUUCUCUUUUAAUCCUGCCGUUGGAAUAGACUAUAGUGUAAUUUAUUCUUCCAAAACGUUCUUAUAACUGCAAACUUUUUGGUAUAAAAUAAAUAUAAAAAAUCUUAUAAUAAGAAUAAAUGUUUAGCAAACAUAAUAUUUGUGAAACGGAAUGUUAAGGAUCUAGAAAGUUCGAUAUUCAAAGCCAAAAAAGGCAGUUUGAUAGGUUGUAAAGUAACAUUCCUGUAAGGAUAAUUUAGGAUUCUAAAUCAAUCGCAAUAGUUGAAACACUAAAUAUAAUUAUUAAUUUAAGCAAAUAAAGAGAAUGAAAUGAGUUCUUUCAUAAUUACAUCAAAUUCGUUUUAGCGGUUUGGCCGCGAGGGAAAGAGACAGACAGACAGAGUUACUUUCGCAUUUAUAACAUUAAUAUAGAUAAGUAACACUAUAAUAUUAUAUGCAUUAAAAAACUGGCCAAGUGCGAGUCGGACCCGCGCACGAAGGGUUCCGUACUAUUGACUAAUAGCCCCCCCCCCCUUAAAUAUUUAUUUUAUUCUGUUUUUAGUAUUUGUUGUUAUAGCGGCAACAAAAAUACAUAAUUUGUGAAAAAUUCAACUGUCUCGCUAUCAUGAUUCUUGAGAUACAGCGUGGUAACAGACAGACGGACGGACAGACAGCGAAGUCUUAGUAAUAGGGUCCCGUUUGUACACUUUGGCUACGGAACCCUAGAAACAUAUUAUAUAUUUAGUGCUAUUUAAAUAUUGCGAUUGGUUUAUUGCGUGUGAUAGUUUAAGCCAUGUCCGCCAUUUGGUGAGAUUUCGCCUUCGAGCUGUAUGAGGAAUUGAUAGCCGUCUUUCCAUAUAAAGACUGAUAUGAUAGGUUAGUCGGGUCACGAUCUUUUUGCGUUACUCUGUAGGUUGACGGUCGCCAGGGGUUGGUAACAUUUCAUAUUAAACGUGAUACUAUUAAAGGUUUAUUCGCAUUUGUUCAUUUCAAUAUUUAUAAAAUUCAAAUGGUUGUUAACCUCUGGCAUUCGUAAGGGUGUGUACACAUAAAUGUAUAAACCGAUCUCUAACGAGGUUGGCAUUGAGGAUUUGAUUAUAUGAUUUUAUAUCACUGAUAUAGUUCUCUAUGUGAAUAUAAACACGCAAUACGUAAAUAAAUAGAACUCAUAUAUUCAUGAGAUAAACAUAUACCACACACAAAUGUGUAUACACCUUAAAAAUAAAGAAAAUUAAAGUAAGGUAGAGAUAAUGAAACGCCUUAGCAUAGAACGGCCUUGGUAUUGUAUGCGAGAGUAUAUUUUGUGGUACUGAUAAUAAGGUUUAUAAUUGUAUGACUUUUCUGAUCGUCUGUCCCCUUCUUACUAUUAAGGGGGAAAAUAAUAUGUAACACGUUUGUAUGCCACUAUAAAUUAUUAUAAAAUAGACUUGUAUAAUUAAAUAUUAAUCAGCCUUCGGUGUCUGUAUCCAGUUUUACGCCUUGUUAUAAUAACUAUAUAAACUCUAUAUAUAAUUAUCAAGAAAGUGAGAAGCUGCACCAAUUAUAAUGAAACUUUAUCGUCAUAGAAUUGCUUACAAAAAUCGUACUUUCAAAUUUAGCAUCAUUAUAUUGUAUAAUCUUACACAUUUACCCUUCAAUGGUUUUUGUUUAUCGAGAACAUAUACAUAUAAAUAAUUUAUAACAGUUUUACUUAAAUAUUUUUUAGGGUGUGAUUAGUUAAACGUUGCUGUCUUUCUCUUUCGAAUAUCCAAUAAGUGAUGAAAGAAAGAGAUGAAUAUAUGUUUAACUACACAUCCACAUUAACUUCGUUGUGGUCGUUAAUAGAAUAACUGAUAACGAAUCAUUAAUGAAGUCUGCUAAGAUUGUGCAAGUUACAUAAGUAAUUGUAUAAUAAUAAUUAGUAUCAGAAAGAUAUAAAAUAAAAUUAUAAAAAAAAAACUGUCUCUGGUCUACACUAUUUUAACAGGUUGUACGAGAUUGUACAAACAUUAAUGUUUUUUGUAUCAGAAAAAUUUAUUAAGCAAAUAAUACUGUAGCUAUUGUUUAACUUUAGAACAAUUUUAGAUAACUAAAAUUAAUAAUAUUUCAUAUGGUAACCCCUUCGGAUUAAAAUAAUGAAAUUAAACAUCGUAGUCGUUGUCUAUGGUCUUCUUUAUUUCACUGUAUAUGUAUUUUUCUAUACGUUAUGAUUGGUGACAGUUUUUGUGAUACUGUUGAAGAUGGAGGUACGAUGAUAAUGAUAGACGCGGAAUUUUUAAUUUAUUAUAUUGUGAAUAAUAUUUUCUCGUAACUAUAAAAAUGUAGUGUUCGUUUAUGUUCGAAAUUUUGUUAGUGACAAGAUCUCUAUAGGAGGGAAAGAGACGAAAUGCUUCUAAUUACAUAGUAUAUGCGUCCUUGUCCCCAAUAGUGCUAUCUCUGUCUCGAGACUGAUUUCACACAGUCUACAUCGUUUAGUGACAUUUAUAGAUAAAGUGUUUUUCAAAUGAUGUCGUAUGCGUAAUGACAUAGAGAUCAUUUUUGCAUUUGAUUAAUGUAUUAGCUAUAAAUGUUCGUCGUGUAUAAUAAAUCCUUGUUUCGCAUCGUGACUGCUGUUUGUUGAAGCUAUAUAAAUUAAUUAUAUAUUUUCAGAUACAUGUAUUAUUGUAAAUAUAGCUAAAAUAAAGUUCCUGGUUUUAUUU